UAAAAAGAUUAAUCCAUCCUAUAAAAUGCAUGAGUACAGAUUGACGCCUUUUAACGACAUCAAAAUUGUUCAUCAAUCGGAGCAAUCGCGAUGGUACAACACAGCCCACUGUGACUGAAAAAAAAACCAAAAAAAAAACAGGAUUUAUCAAUGAGUCGAAAAAAAAAUCUGUGAAAUAACGGUGUAAAAAUUUCUAACCAGUGAGAAGCGAGGCGAUUAUCAUCAAUUCUCUGUAUCAGUGAAGUGCGUGGAUAAUUUAAGCUUGAUAAACGAUUUCCUACGGACCGUCACUCACAGCCAUGUGGCACUGCAACUUUAAAAACAGUUUUCCCGGUCGACUGAUAAUUCAUUUUCGAAAAAUCUCAGACUAUAUUUGAGUGAUUAAUUGUUGUGUUUGCGAACAUCAUAAUUGAAUAAAAAACACGAAGUGUUUGUCCCCAAACAAAACGUCGGCAGAACUAUGCACUUGUUUGUUAAAAAUGCCUUGUGAAACGAAUGCUUGAUGCGACGAAGAAAGGAUGGAAUGUAAAAAAAGAAGUUAUUUGGAAAAAUUCUGAUCUCGUUUUCCAGUAGAUGCAUCAAAGAGUGAAUAUUGUCGAGAAGGCACCUUAUAUUAAGGCAUGCCUGGUGACGAUCUAAAUGUGUCACUUUUGACAGGAGCUCAUUGGGUGAAGUUGGUGCAUUCCGAUCCCAGCAGUGAAUCGAUUGCUCAACGAUAAAAUCCGAUAUUAAAAUAAUGGCCGGAGUCGUCAGAUUCCUCUUUGCAAUAAUGCUUUGCAUAGCAAACAUGAUAAUUUACGGUCUCAAAGUAAAUAUUUCAACCGCCAUCAUCGGAAUGGUAAAAUCGCAUAAAAAUCACAGCGGUGAUGCCUUUGACGAGUGUCCAGAUUUUCAGCAAAAUGAGGAUCUCUCAACGACCGACCUCGAUGGACCUUUCGAGUGGUCCAGCACCCAACAAGGCUUGGUCGUCAGUUUGUAUUUCGCCGGUUAUUUUGUGGGCAUGUUUCCUGCUGGAUAUUUCGCCGAUCGUUUCAACACAAAAUGGGUGCUCUUAAUCUGCAUAUUCUUCAAUUCGAUAUUCACGCUGUUGGUGCCAUUGGCUGCGAGCAGGAUCGGAGUACUUUUGGCACUAAGAUUUAUUACCGGUCUCGUGAGUUCGGCAAAUCUUCCGGUGGUAAAUGUGCUCGUUGGUAAAUGGGUCGUUUACGAGGAAAAAAGUAUGUGGGUCGGAAUAAUUUAUGCUGGCACGUCACUCGGCACUGUAAUAUCGAUUCUCUCAUCUGGUCUCAUAAUGCGAUAUUUAAACUGGGAAUCGAUUUUCUACAUUCACGGAUUCCUGCCGCUCAUCUGGUGUCUCGUGUUCGCAUUUUUUUUCGCUGAUUAUCCCGAGGACCAAAAAUUCAUAAGUGAGAAAGAACGCAACCUUUUAAUCAAAUCUUACGGCCAUCGGAGCCCUGGAUCCACAAAUAUCCAAAUACCGUGGCGAGGAAUUUUCACUUCCGGCCCAUUUUGGGCCCUCAUGCUCACUAAUACACUCGGAAAUUUUUGCUGGUAUUUCUUACUCACACAAUUACCGCUGUACAUGAACAAAAUGCUCAGAUUUAAUAUUACCUCGAAUGCUGGAAUAAGCUGUAUUCCAUAUUUAAUAAAUGCUUUUACGAAUCCACUGCUGGGAAAAGUGUUGGAUAUAGGAAGAAAACGAGGCUACUGGACGCAGACGAAUGCACGAAAAACUGCCGUAGGAAUAAGUUGUAUUCCACCGAGUAUUCUACUGAUAGUGAUCGCGUAUAUUGGCUGUGAACGAAUCGCAACGACUGUCAUGUUAAUUCUCAGUAUAAUUAUUUGUGGAGCCAUUUUUGUUGGUCACCUCACCAAUCACAAUGAUCUCGCUCCCAAUUACGCUGGCAUACUUAUGGGAAUCACUAACACUCCUGGAACCAUAUCAGCUUUUGUGUUGCCAGCUUUGGUUGGGGCUAUCACAGCAGAGGGGCACACGUUUGCCAGGUGGCGCAUAAUUUUUUGGAUAAACGUAGCCGCCCAAAUGGCUGCGUUUUUCGUGUUCUUAUUUUUCGGCUCAGCUAAAAUCCAAGAUUGGAAUUACCCGGACGGCCAGCGCCCAACUGUUGAGAGCACAACCACAAAAGCAAAUGACAAUAAUCUCGAGUCAUUAAGUACAGAAAAAAAGUCUUGAAUAAUUUUUUGCCAUUUUAUUUUCUACGUCAGUGGAUUGAUUUUUCUUUCCGGUUUUUUUUCCUGCUUGAAAAAAUACCGAUAAUUAUCGGAAGUAGAGGCGAGUCAAGGAGCUUAAAAUACGCCCAUCGAGAGAGUACCACAAUUAGUGCAAGGGACCACCCGCGCUUUGAACAGCCAAUUAAGUCGCGAAAAAAAAUUGUAAUGAAAAGUAUAAAAAGGCAAGAACAAAUAAUGAAAAAAUUCAAUAAGAAACUAAAAAUCUCCUAAUUAGUUAUAAUUUCGUCCUCAUUCAUAUCGCCCGACUCAAGAAAAUCACUGAAAAUGAAUGAAAAAUGUACAAAAGAUAUUAAGAUUUUUAAAACAAUCUAUUUUUAUAUCUGCUUAGCACUUAAUUGAUUUUUUAAACUCUUCGUCUAUGAAAUAGAAAAUUAAAUGAAAUUCAGGAUCAAUCGGACUCAUCAGGCAUCGUAUUUGCUUGUCGAUUUAUUUAUUAAUUGCGAGUUUCUGUACCCGCAAGUAAUUGCGAAAUUGUUAAAAAUAAAAUUUAAGAAAAUAAUCGGUUAAA